GCCUAGGACCCUAUUCAUACAUAAAAUUCUUUUGACAGUCAAAACGGAUUUACAAAGUUCAAAAGGGGUUUUUGAGGUAAGAGAUUUCUUUACAAAUCUGCUAAAAUAAAUAUUUUUUAAAGAUCGAUCCACCUAUACGGCCAGGUCCAAUCCGUACAAAAAAUCAAAAAACCAAAUAAAAUGAAAACACUAUUUCACCGAAAGAAUAUUUUAACAAUACAAAUUCUGAUUCAGGCCGGUAAAACACAACUUCCUACGUAUAAAUCUCCGAUGGGGUUUCUCGGUUUGCAAUAUUUUGCUCCAGCCACGCCGCGAGACCUCAUUAAACAAAAAAAUCAUAGGAAAAACUUAAAAAAAUAAACAAUUUAAGACCUCAGUUGUCGACGAAUACAAAACAUACAGAGCACUGCUGGUCAACAAGCCGAGAAAAACGUUAGGCAAAUUUGUGCCAUAAGGCCUGAGUGGUGGUGAAUAUAUUUGACAUUUCGCCAAAUUUGUUUUGAUCUACCUUUAAAGGAAUUCUGAAUACAAAACGGAUUGCAACGAUGAUUCGAGUGGUGAACGCCGUUGCGUAAAGGUGUAUUUUCCAACUCGGUUUUUUACCACGUGCUUUUUUCGGGCGAUUUCAACAGAAAAUAAUCUGUUUCGUCGGGACGAAUCGAAUUCUUUGGAAGUAGUGAAGUAAUAGAAGAUCAGUGAAUAGAAAAUCGGAGAAAAGUAGGCGGUCGUCGAAAGUGCAAACAUGGCGGAUGAGUCUGGUGGCGGAGCGCCACCCGGAAGAAUGAGAAUGAACGGUUACAAACUGGAUAACGGCACGGAAACGUUCAUGUACAUGGCGCGCGAUGUCGGUCCUUACCGGGUUUACGUAGAAACGAAGAACGAUAACGUGAAGAUCAACAAGUUCUCGGUCGGUUCAGUGCUACGGAAGAUCCCAAAGUACAAAAACGCGGUCACUGAUCUGAAGUACCUUGGUCGAAGCAAGAUCAUCGUUUUCUUCAACUGCUGGCAAAAGGCUAACAUGUUCGUCGGGGAGAAAAUCCUGAACGAGAAGGGUUACGUUGCCUACAUCCCGAAGCAUGUCCUGUGCAUCACUGGUGUGAUCAACGGGGUACCGGAAGAUCUUGACACGGUGGAGAUUUUGGAAGAAAUCGAGAGCAGCGUGCAGGUUGUGGAUGUGUAUCGACUGAACAGAUGGAACAAGGACGAAGAGCGAAAGGAGCCAACGAACCGGGUGAGCGUCACGUUCAGAGCGCAGAUUCUACCGGAGAAAAUCAAGCUCUACGGAUGCAACGUUAAGGUGCAGCCUUAUGUUCGUAGAAUCAUUCUCUGCACUAACUGCCUCCGUUACGGACACAAAGCGGCCAACUGCAAAUCGAAGAAACGCUGCGAGAAAUGCUCCAGGGUCCACGAAUGGAGCCAGGAAGAAUGCCAGAACGAUACGAAGUGCCUGCACUGCCGCACAGCCGACCAUCGAACGACUGACCCGACCUGCCCAGCAGGACCAAGAGAGGCGAGCAUCCAGAAGGUUAUGUCCAAGAAGAACCUGACGUACAUCGAAGCAAAGGAGUUGAUUGCGCCGAUGCCGAUCAGUAAUAUGUACGACGUGCUGGCAAACAGCGAAGAAUUUCCUACGAUCCAGAACAGCUUUGCCAAGAAACUAACAGGACAGCAGCCGAACAACCAGCAGCAGAAGCAGCAAAAAACCCAACAAACCCAGUCAGCCGCAAACAAAUCGCAGAAAGUUCCAGCUAAGACGAAGAUCCAGUUCGGAGAAAAGCGAAUCAGAUCGGACAGCUACAACGAGUUUCUAGCUGAAAUCGAACCAAGCAACACCUGUGGAGUCGGUUUGAACAACCCAUUUGCGUCUACCGAGCAAGAAAAGUGGCAAGCGAUGUACAAGCAGGCAUUGGCAGACGCAGAAAGAAAGGCGACUAGCGAAGUACGAAGUGAUCUGAUGAACUUCUACUCGGCUUUGGUUCAGAACCCAGAUGUCAGCGAAGCCGUUCAGAAACAUAUAAAGGAUUGUUCUAAAAAGUUUCUCAAGUUUGACAGUGUAUUCAAAUAAACUCAACGUAUAAACUCAAAUUCAACUCAUCUUUG